AUGCUCCUGCACGGGCUGCACAGUCUGAGCCCCUUGGUGGAAGAGGCCCUGAAGCUGUGUGAGGUCUCUGUGCACCCCGAUACAGGCGACACCAUCCCCUUCAUAUUGCGACCGCCUGCAUUACUAAUGAUGUGGGCGCCAACGGUUGUGGCUACGCUGUUGCCGCACAGGACAGUGAUGUCCGCGUUUCUUUGUCAGGUUCCAUUCCAUUUGUACAUGGCGGAGUUUACACUAGCUCACAGGAACCAGUCAGUGCAGGCUGAAAGGUCUCUCCUCCAGCAAACGCUCUACCUGUCUGCGUCAAUCCUCUAUCUCACCUCUGUUGGGACUCGGUCUAGGAAAACUGUGCCAGAGGAGACGGACAUACCAUGAGAGAAGGAAAUACAACAAAAGCGGUGAGGCAACGAACCAACACACAACCGUAAUAGAUAGCAACGCUACCCAAACAUGGGACAGCAACAGCAGGCCUAACCAAGAACAACCAGCAGGAACACGAAGCACCGGGCGGGCGCCCAGUAUCCACUACGGACUACGAGAAAAGGAAUU